AUGAGGUUUCCGGUGUUCAUAACAAGACACUACGACUACCAUCGUGCUGGGGAUUUGAUAUGUCCCGAGUGCGGGGUUGUGGUCGGCGACCGCCUUGUCGACGUCAACAGUGAAUGGCGUUCGUUCAGCAACGAAAGUUCCAGCAAAGACCCAAGUCGAGUUGGCGCUCCUGAAAAUCCGCUCAUGUCUGGUUCUGAUUUGUCUACAACGAUCUCUGGUGAUACUGGGGACUGGAAGUUGCAAGGAAUGCAGAGGAAACAGGUGAACAAUCAAGACAGACAACUCAUUCAAGCGUUCGGUGUCAUUCGCGAAAUGUCAGAAAGAAUUCACCUUGCCAAGUCGAUUCAGGACCAGGCCAAUUUAGUAUUUAAGCAAGUUCUGGACACAAAACAGUUGAAAGGCAAAAAUUCAGAAGCCGUAGCAGCCGCUUGUUUGUACAUUGCUUGUCGAAAGGAGGAAAUUUGUGCCGUGUCGCGCGUUAGCAAAAAGGAAAUCGGUCGAUGUUUCAAACUCAUUUUGAGAGCGCUCGAAACGAACCUAGAGUUGAUCACUACCACUGAUUUCAUGUCACGUUUCUGUGGAAAUCUGAAUCUGACACAACGUGUUCAAACGGCAGCUUCGCACAUCGCUCGUAAGGCGGUGGACAUGGACCUUGUUUCGGGACGAAGUCCCAUUUCAAUAGCUGCUGCAGCAAUAUACAUGGCUAGUCAAGCGUCGAAUGAGAAGAGAUGCGCCAGAGAAAUUGGUGUCGUAGCAGGCGUUGCGGAAGUCACUAUUCGACAAUCGUACAAAUUAAUGUACCCCCGUGCCGCGGAGCUGUUUCCGCCUGAUUUUAAAUUUUCGCAUUCCAUUGAUGAAUUACCGUUGUUUUAA